ACCCCUGUGUGAUAUUCACACAGCUGUGCGUCUCAGACCCUUGUGUGUGUAAAAUGAGCUGUGGACUUGAUAGUAUUUCCCUGUAUUUGCAUUACGCUCUUAUGUUGUUGAUGAUGAUGAUUGCAGUGUCCUGUCAAGUCGACCUGCAGCUUUGUUUGCUUGUGUUUCAUUCAGAGUGUUUUCUUUAAAUAAUAAAGAGAUGGCCAGGGUGUGCGAUAGAUAAAGCUGAUCAUGACAUCUUUAUAUAUCAUGCCUGUUGUGAAGCAUCACGCUCUGUUAGACUACAGUAAACACAAUAUAGUUUGUCUUAUAUCUUGAUUUAAAUGUGCUACAGCAGUGUUGUGCAGAAAAGAAAGUGAAAACAACAGCAACAAUAAUAAUUAGAUUAUUAUUGUUAAUAAUAUUAUUGUUAUUAUAUGGCAGAAAGACAAUUAAAAAACCCUUGAAAUAAUUAAUUGCCCUCUUAGAUAUGCUUAAUUGCAUGUGCAAAGAAUACCAAUAACAAUAUGUAAAUUCGAAGGGCACUCGGUGGAGUGCAUACCUCUGCCAAGCCACAUAUUAGAAUAUCCAGAUGUUUACUAAUCCGGGAUGUGGAUCCAUAUAUGUAUAUGCACUUUUCGUGAAAUUUGACCAAUACUUCCCCUGUUAAAGUUUUCUGGAUCCAGAAGAAGAUACAGAUCACUUCCAAAAGUUAACCAGUGGUUGGGGUGGAUUUACUGCCCUCCACUUUGCAGCUCUUCAUGGGAAUCGGUCAAUAGCUGAACUCCUCCUGAACAGUGGUGCUGACCCCAACAUACCCUGUGAUGCUGGACAAACCCCCUUUCACUUUGCUUGCCGACAUGGUAACAUCAGCAUCAUGCACAAAAUGUUGCAGCAUGGUGCAGACCUGCGCAUUGUAGAUCAGCAGGGGAAAACAUCACUGCAUCAUGCAGUCAGUGGAGGAAGCAUUGUUGCCAUGCAGUACCUCUGGGAGACGACCAUGUUCCAAUUCUCAGACACUGAUAACUUCUUGGUCACUCCACUACACAUGGCGGCGGCCACCGGGAAUACAGAUGUGGUCCGGUAUCUGCUACGAGAAAAUAGGUGUUUGGCAGAUGCAGUGGACCACCAGGGGGCAACAGCGCUGCACGUAGCUACUGAGAAAGGCGCAAUUGAAGUGUGCUGGUUAUUACUGCGCAGCGCUGGACUCCACAUUUUACACAUGAAAAACCAUACUGGUCUCACACCUUUAGACCUCUGCAGUCGCGGAACGACUUUUAGACAUCAGCAGCUCACCAAAAUGUUAGUGCAGCUCAUCAAUAAACCAAAGGAUCAGAAGCCCAGAGAAUCAUAUGUGAUGUACUACUGGACGCUUCUUUUGCCGAGUAUCAGUGGGGCAGUGGUGCUGCUCAUAGCUGCGGCACUGGGAGAAAACGGAGGCGUGCUCUGUGGGCUGUUCUUUCCCUUGCUGGCAAAAGUCACCUUGUCUCAGUACCACAGAAUGAGUGACUAUCAAAGGUUACCAAAUCCCAUCUAUCUUGGAACUUUGAUUGCAGGCAUAAUUCAUACCUUAAUCUGCUUUUACUGUAGGAUUCUGCCUAAUAUUUGGCCAGCUUAUGCUCUCUUACAUGUGUCAGUACUCCAUUUCUCUGUGGUUCUCUGGCUUUUCUGGAAGCUUCUAACCCAGGACCCAGGACGACUACAGGCAGCUGAUGCAGAUCCUAGAUUCUCCAGCAUAGCAGACUUGGUGGAGUCUAAUCAGAAUCCAAGUCAGUUCUGUAUUUAUUGUGAGCUGUUCCAAGUGGCCAACUGCAAGCACUGUCGUCUGUGUGACCUUUGCGUCAUGGAUUAUGAUCACCACUGCCUCUUCCUAAACCGCUGCGUGGGCCAGAACAACCACCGUGUCUUCUUACUCUUCGUCUUGGCCAUGAUAGUGGCUCAGCUCUUCUUCGUCAGCACUGCUGGGUAUUACCUUCACUGGAGGUCGAAGGUGGAGGAGACCUGGAGCUGGAGCACAGUAGCAAUGAGAGAAGCGUGGGUUCUCCUGCUUCUCAUAAUCAAUGCACUCUCUGUCUUGUGGGAGACCUGGCUGCUCUCUGAGCAGUUUAAUGCCAUCUCCACUGGAACCACCAUAUACUUCAAACAGUGUCACCAUAAGAAGUCUUCUUGGAGAAAGCGUGUGGCCACAGUUCUUUUGUUUCUGGUUGAAGGAAAGAAUUUGAGGUGUCGAAAUCAAAAUACUGUUGACAUUUAGUUUCCACAUAGACAGCUGCUUUGCAAUAAUGUUUAUUAAUUCAUUAAGACUGAGGAAUAGCUGCUGUUGGUUUUAAUUGGUGCAGUGUUUUUAUUUUUUUAUUUUAACUGGACAAGUAUCACUGUGUGCUUCUUACAGAGGAGGCAUUUCAUCUUCUUACUGUUUAGUACACCACCGUUGUUUUCAUGUUGACAGAAGAAUUAGUUUUAAUUUUUCACUGACCCAUUAACUUUAUUUAAAGCUAUACGGCCUUUCGAUUUCAUAAAAUCGGUGAAAUUUGGUCACUGUGAUGCAUGUUUAUUUCUGCAAUAUCUCCAAGAAAAAAACCAGGCCAUCCUGUGGCUGGGAAGUUAUUUAAUUUGAGGGGAUUCCCUAGCAAAUAAUGUGCAUAAAAUCGCUUGCUUCACGCAGUCAAGCAGACAGAGGAAGUCCGUGUGCGCAUGCGCAGGUUUACCACCACCUUCUUCUUUUGGGUUUUACGGCAGCUGGCAUCCAGUGUUGCGUUAAUGCCAUCUAUAGGUUAACCUUUGACCGUGCACUGAGAGUUACAUCAUUCUGUCGCUAAACGAACAGCUGAUCACACCGAGGUGCUCGCUGACCGCCGAUAUUUAUUAGUUUGGUCCUGCAUUUCCUUUCCUUCGCAACAUAAUGUCUUUUCUUCUCAUUUUCCGUUACUGAAGUCGGUCUUUCACGUUUCAUUCGCGUCCUCCAUUUUUCUCUCCUGUUUCAAAUUUGUAUCCCACAAUGCCUUGCGCGAACAGAGAAAGCCCACCACAUGAAUGACGUAGUAUCUUGAGUUGGGUCAUGGUGAAGCAAGAAAAAAAUAGCGGAGAAUUUAGGGCCACGUGGCCCUAGAUUCAUUAAUUGUUCUAUUUAAAAAAAAAACUAAUAAAAUUAGAAGUCUGUGAUUCGAAUUCUGUAGCUUUCGGUCCACUAAAUAAAAAUAAUUGGGUGUUGGGGAAAAUUCUUUUUAUGACCUAAAUUUGAAAAAUCUGAAAGGUAGUCUAGCUUUAAACUGUUCAUACACCGAUCAUACACCUUUUAAAUAUUUUAACACAACAUGGCCUCUUUGAAGUCUUAUAUUCUCUGAAUGUUUGUUAAGGAUCAAAUUAACAGGAUGGAAUUAGGUAUACUGAGCUUACACCUGCAGUCUUUGGCACUUGAUCAGGUCCAGCCACCAUAUAGGUGCACUUGGUAGGUAUAAAUUAAUUCACUGACUGUAGCCCAUCUGCAGCUAUGCAGUUUUCCAGCCAAGCUCUUUUCAUCAGUGGAAAGGGAUCACUAUAGGACCACUGCUAAUCAGACAUUAUUUGCAUGGUGGAUUAUGCUCAACCCAGCAGUGACACUGACAUGCUCAGUGUACCAGAUGUUUAUUAGGGGUGUAAUGCAAUGGUAUUAUUGGGGGCCAAGCAGCAAAGCUGCGCAGGCACCCAUAGGGAUUCUACUGUUUCUUAUUAUUCAACGUUCUUCUGCCUCUGCGUCUCUAUGGCAACCCCUAGAACCGUCUGGCGAAAGUUGUGAAAUUUUGCACACUGAUUCUUGACAAACUCAAGGUUCUUCUCAGCAAGUUUCAAGUCACCACCUUAAACUGUCUAGCGCCACCAACAGGUCAAAGUCGCAGGUACAUUUCUGCUUGUAACUUUUGAACCGUUGGUCCGAUUUUCAAAAACUUGGUAUCCCUGGAAUCCUUGGGCCAAGACGAAUCCAACGCACCCUAUGACGUCAUUUUCCUCCAGGAUAGUUUUCCCGCCAUUUUGAAUUUUGUGAAAAUCAAUUAAAAUGCUUCUCCUCCCUCAAUUUUUGACCAAUUUCUCCCAAACUUGGUACAUAGCAACUUUUGACUAAGCUGCACAAGGGCGUUACCCGGUGUUUUGAAUUUCAUAAGCGUUUGGCCGUGGCAGCCAAUCAAAAUUUGCAUCUGUGCAGCCAAACAGGAAGUGUGCUCAUAUCUCGGCCGCCCUUUGGCACAUCUUAACGAAACUUGGUGGCAUUAUGCCCCACCCUUCCAAAAAGGCCCACAAAAAAUUUGGAACAAAUUGGCCGCUAGGGGGCGCUAUAACUAGGAAAAAUGACUUUUGGCUCAUAUCUCAUGAUGCGUUUUGGGUAGAAACAAAAUUCCACUAUCUCUGGAAUCCUUGGGUCAAGACGAAUCCAUCGCACCCUGUGACGUCAUAUUCUGCCUUGAGGAUUUUCUGCCAUUUUGAAUUUUGUUAAAAUCAAUGAAAUUCUAUGGCAACCCAUAGAACCGUCUGACCAGAGGUUGUGAAAUUUGGCACACUGAUUCUAGGCUGCCUCAAGGUUCUUGUCAGCAAAUUUCAACUCACCACCUCAAACUCUCUAGCGCCACCAACAGGUCAAAAUUGGAAGUACAUUUCUAUUUGUUACUUUUGAACCGUACGUCUGAUCGUCAAAAUCUUAGUAUCGCUGGAAUCCUUCGGUCAAAAUGAAUCCAGCACGCCCUAUGGUGUCAUAUUCCACCCGGUAGAUUUUCCGCCAUUUUGAAUUUUGUUAAAAUCAAUUAAAUUGCUACUCCUCCCUCAAUUUUGGACCAUUUUUUCCCCAAACUCACUGCAUAACAUCUUUGGAGUAAGCCACACAAAAGUUAUCCAAGGGAUUUUUGAUUUUCAUAAUCGUUUGGCUGCAGCAGCCAAUCAAAUUUGGCUACGAAGACACAAAACAGGAUGUGAGCUCAUAUCUCGGCUGCCCUUUGAUGUAUCUUAAUGAAACUUGAUGGCAUUAUGCCCCACCCCUCCAAAAGCGCCCACAAAAAAUUUGGAACAAAUUGGCUAAUAGGGGGCGCUAUAACUAGUAAAAAUGCGUUUUGGCUCAUAUCUCAUUGUGUGUUUAGAUUAGGAACAAAAUUCAAGUACCUUUAGGAAUCCUUUUGCCAGGACAAAUCCAACGCCCCAUGAAGUCAUAUUUCACUUUGUAAAUUUCCGCCAUUUUGGAUUUUGUUGAAAUCAAUAAAAAUGUUACUCCUCCCUCAAUUUUUGACCAGUUUUUCCCAGACUUGGUACAUAGCAUCAUUGGACCAAGCCGCACAAAAGUUAUGCUUAGUGUUUUGAAAUUUUAAAACUGUUUGGCCACAGCAGCCAAUGAAACGCAGCUGCGAAGACGCCAAACAGGAAGUGAGCUCAUAUCUCGGCAGCCCUUUGAUGUUUCUUAACCAAACUUGGUAGGAUUAUGCCCCACCCCUCCAAAAGGGCCCAUACCAAAUUUGGUGUGCAUUGGCCAUUAGGGGGCGCUAUAACUAUACAAAAUGUGUUUUGGCUCAUAUGUCAUUGAGCUCAUAUCUCAGCAGUCUUUUAGCAUACAUUUACCUAGAAAUUCACCAUAAAGUUGGUAGUCUUUUACCUCAAAGUGGUUGCAAAUAGCAAUUACUAUAACUGAAAUCAUUGAAAAAGGUUGUGACACUUUGUAUUUUUUAAAUAAAAACAAAAUACUAUCAUUUUCAAAACAUUCAAUCCGUUUACAAGAUGGAGAAUUGUGCAAAGACAACAUACCAGCUGUUAAAGCCUAGCCAAAUUUAUUGUUUUGAGGGAAAUAUGUGCUCAUUUAAAAUUUGAUACAUGCAACAAAUCUCAAAAAAGCUGGGACAGGGCCAAUAAAAUCAGCAAAUGACCUUGUAUCUCAGUCAAACGAUGGUAUAUCGACAUGAAACUUCUUGUGGGUGCUCGUGACCAUCUGUCUGGCCCAAAUGCAUUCUGCUGGCCUGACGACUAGGCUCAUAUUCUGCUUGGCCCCCAUAUUGCUGCUUGCAGCUAUAUUUUGUAUAUGUAUUUGUAUAUGUUCAGUGCUACAAAUGUUCCAGUGUGUAUCUGUAUUCAAAUUUAUACUCAAUGUGGUCAUGGCCUCAUAGGCAACAGCUUUUUUUUUUUGUUGUAAACCACUAAACAUAAAUAA